GCUUAUUCACUAUCUACUCGUGAUUUGGGAGGCUCACAGUCUAUGGUAUGAUUGAAAAGGGGAACGACGAUCGAGUAGUACAACCUUCGAAGCUACGCGCGUAGCGGUACCCUACGGUAGAUUCUGCCAGCAGAAUACAGUACAGUACGGUACAUACAGUACGUUAUUGUUUAGUACGGAAAGAAACAUCGGACAGCGUUAUCGUGUACGAGUACCCACCAUUUUUUCACAAGAAGGGUCUCCAACUGGGACAGAAUUCUUCAGCUCAGCAGAAUUCGAAGGAAAUUAUUGAUUAUUGACCAUUAACACAAAGACACAAUCUGCAUUAUUCGGCGCUAAAAUACAAGAAGCAACUGCGGUAAAGAUGAAGGCCAUCCGUCAACUUCUAGUCACGUCUCUGUUUUCUUCAUCAAGAGCAUUCGUUCAAUUCCCAGCAAAAUCUUUCAAACAACAACAAACAAUUAGGCAAAGAUUCUAUAAUGAUGCGGUGACGACAUCUGCCGAUAUCCUUCAUGCCUCCUCUCUCGAAGUUGACAUCUCGAACGAAAACAUUUUUGAUGAUAUCGACGAUUCUGAAUCACCUCUCUCUCUACCUUCAGCAAUGUUGAGCUUCCCGCGACAUUCGAAAGAUGUGGUAAAUGAUGUUCUGAUAGAGACGGAGGCUUUGGUUCAGAAUCUACACCGAGAUUCAAAAGCCGUUGACCCGAAGACAACAAAACGUUCUAUGUCCCCCAUGGACAGCUCUCACGAUUCGAUCUAUGCGAAUACUUAUGUUGAUUUAGGAAACAUUGACACUGUUGGAUUUGACUAUGAUUAUACACUUGUGCAUUACACCGAAGAACUAUUAACUCUUUUGUACUCGAUGGCACUCAAUCGGUUGGUAAACGAUCGGCAUUAUCCGAGGGAAAUGCUGAYGUGUGGUCUAAACUAUGACGCCUUCUUUAGUAUAAGAGGGCUUGCUGUGGACAAGGAUACUGGUUGGAUCUGCCAUCUUUCCUACACGCACAAAGUUGCUGUUGCCUGGGAGGGACGAGAAAAGGUCUCUACAUCUCGCAUUUUCGAGGAAUACCGUGGAAAGCGAGGACUCAACCCAAGAGAACGGAAAGCCCGAUUGAAGCCAUUGAACGACCUAUUCAGUAUGGCAGAAUGCUGCCUCAUUGCCGAUACGAUCCAAUACUUCAAAGAUAACGACAUUGACUUUUGCUCCUCGAACGUAGUAACCGACAUUCUUGGAGCGAUUCGUGAUACGCACAUUUCCGGAGACUUUCAUCGCAUAGUUGCUGACAACCCAGAAAAAUAUUUUGACCCAACGCCCCAUUUGAAAGACGUUUUGGGAAAUCUGAAAGACUCUGGAAAGCGUCUCAUAUUUGCUAGGUAAGGUUUUUUGGAAAACAGAAGGCAUCACCUGUGUUUUUGGUACCCAAUUCCCCAAACGAACAACAAAACUAACAACAUUCACGUUUAUUUCGUUUUCUCAUCUCCCACAAAAUAAUAUUCAAUAGUAAUUCUCCUUUUUGGUAUGUUGAUGCAGGAAUGAAAUUUGUUUUAGGGGAGGAAUGGAUAGAUAUUUGGGAUGCGGUUAUUGUUAGUGCAGGCAAACCAGCUUUCUACACCGAAACUCGACGUCCAUUUCGUGAAGUUAAUACUGAGACAAAUCGAGUACGAUUUCAAAAAGUAGAAAAACUUGAAACCGGCAAGGUAUACACCGAAGGAUGCCUUCGCGAACUGACGAAACUGAUGGAUUGGAACGUUGGCGGAGAUAGUGUCGAAUCGAUGGGCCCGCUGAGUAUGAAUUCCAACGUGUUGUAUAUUGGAGAUUCCCUUUUUGCCGAUUUGGUUGAUGCCAAACGAGAAUACGGAUGGAUUACCGCAGCUGUGACACCGGAGGUUGGAUUUGAGUUAGAUGUUCAACAAUCUAACGACCAUGUACUGGCUGAAAAAACCAUAGCAAUUUUGUUGACUGCACUCAGACAAGUACAACUGGAAAUGGGCACAAGAGAAUAUACCGUUGAAGACUCGUUGGUGCU